AUGCCAAAACAAAACAUUAUUGCAGGUCUUGAUAUCGGUUCAAGCAAAAUCUCAGUAGUUGUUGGAAAUACGUUGCACGGUAGCACCCAAAAAAUAGGGGUGAUUGGUGUUGGCCAUGCACCGUCCGAAGGUCUUCGAGCAGGUGUCGUCGUUGAUAUUAACCAAACGGCGGAGGCUAUCCGUAAAGCGAUUGCGAAUGCGGAAUUAAUGGCAGGCGUGAAAAUAGACUCUGUCUGUGUCGGCAUUUCCGGCGAUCAUAUCAUUGGACAAACGUCCCACGGGGUUGUUUCUGUCGCGAACAACGAGAUUUCACAUGACGAUGUUGAUAGAGCGAUGAUAGCAGCAAAAGCUAUUUCUAUUCCUGCUGACCGAGAGAUAUUGCAUGUAAUCCAGCAAAAUUUUGUCGUUGAUGCUCAGGACCGUAUCAGAGAACCGAUUGGGAUGUCUGGCGCGCGGCUUGAAGCUUACGCUUACAUUAUCACAGGUGGUACAACGGCUAUUCAGAAUUUGCUCAAUAGUAUUGAAAAGGCAGGCGUGCCUAUAGUAGAAACACUCGUCGCCGCCCCUCUGGCUGCAACGCAAGCAGUCGUUUCAAGGGAUGAACGUGAAGUUGGCAUUGCCUUGGUUGACAUCGGUGAUGGAACAACCGAAAUCGUCAUAUACAAAGAGGAUUCUAUUCAACAUACAACAGUAGUCCCCGUCGGUGGGCAGCACGUUACCAACGACAUUGCUCAAUACUUAAAAGUCACCCUUCCAGAAGCGGAGGAGCUAAAACUUCAUCGCGGCUGCGCUUGGACGGAAUUAGUCGACCCAAGUGAAGUCAGGUCUAUUCCGGUCACGAGUGAAUCUACUCCUCCGCGUUUCAUCGACCGAGUUGAGCUUGCACAAAUUAUUGAGUACCGCAUGGCAGAAAUCUUAGAAGUGAUUGGUUAUGAAUUGGAUGAUAUCCCGCUUCCGGGUGGGCUUGUUCUCACCGGUGGUACGGCACUUAUGGAUGGUCUUCAAGAACUUGCGGAAGCCGUACUUCAGCUGCGCGUUCAGGUAGGUUACCCGCGAGGUUUACAAGGCUUAACUGAUCGGGUAAAUCACCCGAUGUACGCGACGGGUAUAGGACUUGCCCUUUACGGCGAAUCUUUACGGCGGCAGGAGCAAGAACACAACGCACGUCAUAGCGAUGGUGGCGUUGGGAAUUUUCUACAACGCAUCAAAGAAUGGUUCGGAUAUUAG